AUGAAACUGCAGCAACAGAAAGAGCUGAUGAAGCGACAGUUAGAGCUCGAACGGGAGGAGCAACGCAGACGUCACGAAGCGGAAAGAUUGCUGAAGGAGAACGAGGUGGAGAAAAAGCAGCUCGAAAUCGAUUCGAUAUAUUUGCAGGAGAAGUUUCGUGCAUUAGAGGAGGAUUGUGACAACGAUUGUGAUGAUCUAAAAAGCCGGAAAUCUGCCCAAAGCAGCAUCAGCAAAGUCAACCAAUGGCGAGAGCGACAUCUAGGGGGCUUGGUUAAUUCAACCUUAGUCACCCAAGAAACUGUUCCAGUUGCGACUACGACUUCGACCGCUGUAGUGGCAGAUCCCACGCAUUCCGAUGCACUCCAAACGGUAGCAAGCUCCCCUGCUGUCAAAAGUGUUUCUAAUACGCUCUCCACGGGAAUAGCAGCAACGACACCAGUGUGCAAUAAGACCAGCACUAUCCUGACGACCGUUCAAUCGAUCCAGUCGGCAAUUCCAGCUCCAAUAUCAAGUUCCGUCGCGCCGGUGUGUGCAAACCAUCCAUCAGUGACACAACCCGUCAUUCAAUCGGCUGUGGGUGGUCCACCGAAUUUGAGCAGUUUGGGUGGGUUGUUAAAUCGAACGUCUCAACAAUAUCCGUUUUGGUUUCCGCAUGGAAGCGCAAUACUUGGAGGAAAUCCAUCAAUAGGAGUAAGCAACUCGCAAGGUUGUGCGAUACCAGCGCAGAUAGUAAAUCAGGGCAACAGUAAUUAUCCGUCAGUUGGAGUAAGCAUAUCGCAAGGUACCACGAUACCCGUACCGGUAGGCAAUCAGGGUGGUACUAGUAAUUCGUUUCCUGUAUAUUUUCCUCCUUUCCCGAAUUAUAUUAAUCAAUACGAUCGACAUUGUCCCUUACCUCCUGAGCUACCAUGGGAACACUCACCGCGAAUGGGCAUGUAUAAUCCUCCCGCCGUCCAACCACCGACGGAAAACGAAAUAGGACCCACAUCGCGGCAGCUAGCUGCACGCCAGGUGAUGUCGAAGGAGCUCCCUCCGUUCUCAGGGAACCCGGAAGAAUGGCCUUUAUUUAUUAGUUCAUUCACCAAUUCCACUAAUGCUUGUGGGUUUACAAACGCGGAAAAUUUGAUGCGAUUGCAACGUUGUCUACGAGGAGGCGCUUUGGAAGCUGUUCGAAGUAGGCUUUUGAUUCCGGAUUCAGUUCCACAAGUCUUAGCCACGCUACAGACUUUAUAUGGGAGACCGGAAAUCUUGGUGUACGCUCUACUGAAGAAGGUUCGAGAAGUUCCAGCACCGAAGUCAGACAAACUUGAGACGCUCAUCGGAUUCGGAAUGGCAGUUCAGAACCUCUGUGACCACCUUCACGCUAGUAACCAGGAGGCACAUUUGAACAAUCCAACGUUGCUUUAUGAGUUAGUGGAAAAACUUCCUGCGAACCUCAAGCUGGACUGGGCGAUGGUCAAACGUCAACAACCAGGAGCCGAUCUUCGAACGUUUGCUGCGUACAUGUCCAUGAUUGUGUCUGCGGCCACAGAGGUAACUCUGACCAUUGACGCAAAACCAAAUCAACAAAAGAACGACAAGUCAAAGGAAAAGAAUUUCUGCAAUCCACAUUCAGCGCCUACUGUCAGCCACCCUAAGCCCGAGGAAAAUUGUUCAACGGGGAGGCAGUGCCUGGUGUGCCAAGACCCCUUGCACAAAGUGAAGGAUUGUGCUACGUUCAAAAAGUGGGACGUCGAUAACCGAUGGAAAUUGGUUCAAAAACUAUCGCUUUGUCGUAUUUGUUUAUUUUCGCAUGGAAGGCGUCCAUGCAAGUCGAAAGGGCGGUGUGGAAUAGAUGGUUGUGAUUAUAGACAUCACCCGAUGCUGCAUUCUAUCUCAAAGAGAAGCGAUGCAUCUACGUCAAACAACAAUGCAGUGCAAAAUCAUCACCACACCGGGAGAGGUUCCCUUUUUCGCAUUGUUCCUGUGACACUCCACGGAAAGACACGAUCGAUCACGACAUUCGCCUUCCUAGACGACGGUUCGUCGAUAACGUUGGUUGAGGAUUCUAUUACGAAUUUCCUUGAUGUUGAUGGUAAAGCCGAUAAUCUAUGUCUGGCCUGGACGGGUAAUGUUACUCGUUCCGAAGAGCAAUCUAAGCGGGUGAAGUUGGACAUAUCAGGUGUUACACACCGAAAGAAGUACACCAUUUCUGAAGCUCGAACGGUGAAAAGCUUGGGAUUACCAAGGCAGACCCUAUGCUAUAAGGAUCUUGUUGAACGUUAUCCGUAUUUGGCUGGACUACCCAUUCCGGAUUACAAGGAUGUCGUUCCCAAGAUUCUAAUCGGUAAUGACAAUGCUCAUUUAAGUGUCACCUUGAAAAGGCGUGAAAGGCUACUAGAUGAGCCUAUCGGCACCAAAACUAGACUAGGGUGGUCAAUUCAUGGUCCGAUAGCAACGAUGAGGAAUGAACCAUGCUUCAGCAUGCACAUGUGCCAGUGCGUACAUGAGGAUGAGGACUUGCACAAUAUAGUCAAGGAGUACUUUUCCCUUGAGAAUAUGGGAGUGUCCCUACAACGAAACUUAGAGUCCGAAGAAAAUCAACGAGCUAGGCGGACUCUGCAAAUUACCACAUUGCGCGUAGGCUUCCGAUUCCAAAUCGGGUUGUUGUGGAAGUACGAUACCUUCGAAUUUCCUGAUAGCUACUUCAUGGCUGUGCGAAGGCUGGAAUGUCUGGAGCGACGUAUGUUGGCGGAUCCUGAACUCGGUUCCAAUGUUCGUAGGCAGAUAGAGGAGUACAAAAUAAAAGGGUAUAUUGAGAAAGCAUCCAAGGCUGAUUUGAUCGCGGUGGAUCCACGAAAAGUUUGGUAUUUACCACUGGGCGUGGUUAUUAAUCCUAAAAAGCCAGGUAAAAUCCGCAUCUUCUGUGACGCAGCAGCGAAAGUGGAUGGGGUGAGCUUAAACACAAUGCUGAGUAAGGGGCCGGAUCUGCUUGUACCGUUGAAGUCAGUUCUAACCGGAUUCCGAGAACGACAAAUAGCUCUAUGUGCGGAUGUGAAAGAAAUGUUUCACCAGAUGCUUAUGCGAAAGGAAGAUAAACACGCCCAGCGAAUUUUAUGGAGAGAUGACCCAAACCAUGAGCCACAAGUGUACUUCAUGAGUGUGGCCACUUUCGGAGCUGCCAGCUCGCCGUGUUCGGCACAAUUUGUUAAGAACUUAAACGCAAGCGAAUAUGCAGAUCGAUAUCCAGAAGCUACAGACGCAAUAAUACGUAAACAUUAUGUUGACGACUAUCUGGACAGCGUGGACAGUGAAGAUGAAGCGAUCAAGAGAGCGAAAGAGGUUGCUUUUGUUCAUUCCCGAGGCGGAUUUAUUAUUCGUGGGUGGAUGUCCAACUCGAAGGAAGUUCUGCAAAAGCUGGGUGAAACAACGAGCGCCGACGUUAAGGAGUUCUCGAUGGAGACUGGCCACUGUUCGGAACGUGUGUUGGGAGUGUUGUGGUUACCGGAAGAAGAUGCGUUCACGUACGCGGCUAAUUUUGUGGCGGUACCUGAAUGGCCUACCAAGAGAGAGCUGCUGAAGACGGUGAUGACUUUAUAUGAUCCUCUGGGAUUUCUUUCACACUUUACCAUUCAUGGGAAAAUCCUAAUCCAGGACGUUUGGCGCAGCAAGGUUACGUGGGAUGAAAGAAUUCCUGUUGAGUUAAGACAACGAUGGGACCAAUGGGUUGCCCUUUUCCCUUCCUUAGCAGCGGUGCGAGUGCCGCGAUGCUAUUUUCCAAGACAGCUGUCAUCGAAAGUCAAGAAUAUACAAUUACACAUGUUUGUAGAUGCCAGUUUAGCCGCCUUCGCGUGUGUGGCCUAUUUACGCGCCGAGGUAGAUGGGAAAAUUCAUUGCGCAUUGGUGACUGGGAAGGCAAAGGUCGCCCCUCUCAAAUUGACGUCCGUGCCUCGGCUGGAACUUCAAGCUGCGGUGUUAGGAGCGCGUCUAGUCGAAGACAUCUGCUCCACUCACACUCUACCUAUUGCGAAGAGAUUCAUUUGGACCGAUUCUAAAACAGUGCUAGGAUGGAUUAAUUCGGAUCAACGAAGAUAUAGCCAGUUCGUAGCAUUCCGCGUCGGAGAGAUUCUGGAGAAGACACGUGCUACUGAAUGGCGUUGGAUUCCUUCGGAUAUGAAUGCGUCUGAUGAUGCUACAAAGUGGAAAGGCGAGCCUAAUCUAACCCCGGAGGGUCGCUGGUUUGGGGACCCUGAAGUUUUGCAUAUUAAUGAGGAGUACUGGCCGUCAUCUUCCGAUGUCAUGUACGAUACAACCGAGGAGCGACGGUCCAAUUUGGUGAUCGAGCAUCAUGUAGUUCACUCAGUUUUCGACUGGGAGAGAUUUUCGAAAUGGCACCGUUUGUCUAGAACCGUCGGGUACGUUGUGCGAUAUGUCGGCAAUUUGAAAGCCAAAGCCCGAAAACAUCCCACUACAAAGGGUCCAUUGUGCCAAGAAGAGUUAGCAACAGCGGAGACGUGGGUCUUUCGUGCGAUUCAAAAGGAGGUCUACCCGAAGGAAGUGGACAUACUGUCUUCUAUUGGCACUCAGAAAGGAGGCUCGAAAUUAGGCUGCGACAGUAGGCUUUUCAAACUUGCUGCAUUCAUUGAUGAGAAAGGGGUCAUGCGUAUGGAAAGCAGAAUCAGCCUGGCUUCGUUCGCGGCUUACGACACAAGGUACCCCAUCAUACUCCCUCGGAAUCACCACGUUACGACCAUCAUCAUAAUGUGGUACCAUCACAAGUUCCUGCAUGGUAAUAGGGAAACGGUGAUCAACGAAAUGCUCCAGCGUUUCCACGUAUCCUGCCUACGCGUUGUCGUUCGAAGCGUAACCAGAGAGUGCCAGCAAUGCAAGAUUCGUAAAGCGAAACCAUCGGUACCUAGAAUGAGCCCUCUACCAGCUGCCAGACUAGGAGCAUUCUUCCGGCCAUUUACAUUCGUCGGUCUGGAUUAUUUCGGGCCAAUGACUAUUAGAGUUGGUCGAAGCAACGUGAAACGCUGGGUUGCGUUAUUCACAUGUCUUUCCAUCCGUGCGGUGCAUCUAGAAGUCGUGCAUUCGCUUUCAACCGAGUCAUGCAAGAUGGCAAUUCGGCGUUUUGUAGCCAGGCGUGGCUCACCAUCAGAAAUAUACAGCGAUAACGCGACAAACUUUCUCGGUGCCUGCCACGAACUUCGAAGCGAGAUUAAAAGCAUUAAUGAAAGCCUUGCGGAGACCUUCACAAACGCCAGUACGAGAUGGCUUUUCAUCCCUCCGUCCGCUCCGCAUAUGGGCGGCGCUUGGGAGCGGAUGGUACGCUCAGUUAAAACAGCUUUCUACGCGAUGACAACUACCAAGCUUCCAACGGAAGAGAUGUUCGGAACGGUAUUAGUGGAGGCCGAAGGUAUUGUCAAUUCCAGGCCUUUGACCUUCCUAGCAUUGGAUGAAGGCAACCAAGAAUCAUUAACACCCAAUCAUUUCCUCCUUAUGAGUUCCAACGGAGUCGUGCAGACUCCGAGGAAAAUCUACGAGUCGAAUGCCAUAUGUCGGAGUGACUGGGACCAUUGUCGUCGCAUGGUUGAUCUAUUCUGGCGGCGUUGGAUCCGCGAGUAUCUGCCUGUAAUAUCAAGAAGGACAAAAUGGUUUGGGGAAGUAAGAUCGGUGAAGCAAGGAGAUUUGGUAAUAAUUAUUGACGAUGGACUCCGCAAUGGAUGGGUGCGUGGACGGGUUCUGAGGGUUCGCAAAGGUCAAGACGGCCGAGUACGCCAAGCGUGGGUGCAAACAUCAGCCGGAGUGCUUCGAAGACCGGUAGCGAAACUUGCGGUGCUGGAUCUGGAUUCUGGUAAAACUGGCACUCAGAGCGGUGACCAGUGUUACGGUCAGGGGAAUUGUCGUUACUGCGAUUGA